UGUUGUGUAAUGUAGCAGCACUAGCCAUUCAUUAUAUGUUCAUUCAUUUCACUUGUGUAAAUAAUUUUUGGUUUAUUAUUGUUUGAUAUCCUGCCAUUUGAAUGCUAAUGUUUUCGUUUUAUAUUAUUGCGAAAUUUGUCAUAAGGAGUACUACUGCUACAUAAAGAUGUGUGGACGUUUCGUUUACUUAUUCAUUACAUUUUUAAGCUUGGAUUAUCUUCAACCAGCGAACUUGUUACUUAUUCGUAACGUCCCAUCAACGGAAGAGCAUCCGUUCGACAUUAUAAUAUUCACACAGUUCUGGCCACAAACUGUGUGUAAAGAAUGGAAAGAACACGACUCGUCUCAUACUUGUGCUAUGCCAGCUAAGAAAGACUCAUGGACGAUACACGGCAUCUGGCCCACCAAACUUGGCACCAAAACCCCUGCGUUCUGUAACAGGACAUGGUUAUUUGACCCAGAAGAAAUAAGACCUAUUGAAAAUGAAAUGUUGGCUAUGUGGCCUAAUAUAGAAGUUGAAUCACAUUACACCCUUUGGUCACACGAGUGGUCCAAGCAUGGCACUUGCGCCGCCGUGCUAGAACCGUUAGAUUCACAGUUUAAGUAUUUCCAGCAAGGACUGAUGUGGUUGAAGAAAUACUAUAUUUAUGACAUACUCAAAGAUGCUGGCAUUACUCCGUCCGAUAGCAAACAAUAUCGCAUUGAAGAUAUAUAUGAAGCUGUGGUUAAAAAUGUAAGUGCUCGUCCCGCAAUUGAGUGUGACAGGGAACAGGGAGCCAAUUUUAUAGUUGAAGUCAGAUUAUGCUUCAGCAAGACUCUGCAAAUAGUUGACUGUGAUGGUAUAGCUUUUCUGGAUGUGGACCAGGGAUCAAUUUUGACAAACUGCAAUCCCACAAUUGGCAUUUAUUACCUUGAAAAUGCUGUGCCGAAAUCCCUUUAUGUGCAAUUUUAUAAAUUAUUAUCAUGGCUGCAAUGGUUUACACUGUAAAAUGCAUUUUUUAUCAGAGUCAAAGAUCUUGCAAUUUUCAAUAACUGAAAUUCAAAGUAAAUUUGAAGAUAACCUUUAUUUUCAUUUAAUUUUCUUUUAAACUCAUAAAGAUAAUGUAGCCAUUUUACUGGUAUCAUUCUUGUGUGUGGUUUAGAUUAUUUAGAUUAUAAAAUUAUACCAAGUGCUACUUCCUACCAAUGCCUUGGUUCAAUCGUCUAUCAAUAUUUUUGUAAAAUUAUACAUGGUUUAUAUAUGUAUACAGAUUGUCUAGCCUAAUGCAAUAAAUUACAAUCGUGUUUUUAACCUUGUCCCCAGUUCUUAGACUGGGCAGUUAUUCUAUUUUCAAAAUAUUGCCUGUGAACUUUUACUUUUUUUUCAUGUUUAAUUAAUUAUUAAAAUUGACAAAAGAACAAAAUUAUUUUGUGCAUCUUUCAAUAGAAUAGAAAUAAUUUAAAAACAGUGCCUAAAUUAUAUAAUAACACUAAACUACUGUGGAGUAUUAAUAGUGCAUAAUAUCAUAGAAAAUUUCUUUUUGGGAAAUUUUGAGAUAAUUUUAUUUUAAGUAAUAAUUGUAAAUAAGAUUGAUUAUCUUCAAAUUAUUUAUGUACUUACUUUUUCAAGGGGUAACUUUUUAUUGCCUAGUCAUCAGUGUGUAUUUAAAUAAAAAAUAUUGGUACAAAUAAAUAUGACAAUCUUGAUUAUUUUUUUCACGUAUCUAAAUGAAGUUUAUGUGGAAUUAUAUUUUACUUUUUAUAGAUGACUAAUUCCAGUUUUUCGUUUUGUGUAAAGAUUAAUAAAUGAAUUCCUUACAAA